GGGCCGAGGGUGGGGGGAUGGAAGGCUGGGUCUGGGGGCCCCGCAGGGUUCGACUUUCCCGCCUCAGGUUUCCCGAGCGCCAGCAACGCACUAGGCACCCUGCAGCAGAAGUGGGCAGCGCCUGUCCUGGGCUCCGCACGUGGGGCGCGCUGACCUAGUGUUCACUUUUGUUACCUGCCUUCUUCCUAGGGUCAGCAAUGCAGCUGAGCGGCCGCGAAGCAAUAAGGCUCUGCCUGUUGCCGGGCCUCAGUUUCCCCUUUGUACCACAAAAGGGUCACCAAAGUAACCUCACGCGCGUGGAGAAGCCGUGGUGGUGCACUUGGCCCACCCGGCGGAGAUUUUCUCCGAAGGGCCUCGGUGCUUCCCGCUGGCGACAGGGCCGGGCUGGCGGUCCCCAAGCAAUUACGAUAUGAAGCAACUGAACAGGCCAGCGAAACUGCAAAUCUUGCAAAAAGUGUGGGGUUUCGUGAAGUUGGCAUGACGCGGUACAAAUGAAGCCGCAGCUGACCACAGAGGAAGAGAACAUCACUUAGAGAGAAAUGACCGCGUCCUUCCAGAGAGAACUGACUACCAAAGGAUUCCAAAGCUGAGGAAAUGCUCAGGGGGCGCUUAUGGAUCAGACUUACCCAGAGUCCCAUGGCUGGGGAGUCAGAGACAGCGCAGCCUUCUCAGCGGAAGUAGGACAGGAGCUGCCCCAUGGGCCCCUGAGGGAUAGAGAAGAACUGGGGUCCUGCCCAGCACAUGUGUGUGUUGCAGCUGGGACAGAGCAGAGAGGACGGUGACAGCAACGCAGCAGCUGGACAGCAGCGGCCCCACAGGUCUCCUUGGCCUCACUUUAUGGACAAGACACCCUGAAGCAUGGAGAAAUGGACUUAUUGCCCAAUGUCAUGGCCCAGGCACUGACUACUGGAACUGAUUAUCAAAUUUGCAUCUUCUAAAGCCUGUGGCCUGCACUCUGCAUGUUUCCCCAUCUCUUUGUUGGCCUCGACAGAGUCUUACUCAUUUGUAGAGCAACUCAGAUACCCAGCCGUCUUGGAGAGGCUGCAGUGCACAGCGCGGGGAGGGCAGCUGACUUGGAGUCUACAGUGCUGGGUUUGAGUCCCAGCUUGACCACUGGCCUGCUAUAACCCCAGGCCAACUCUUAGUGGUUUCCAGUUUCCCCACGAUCCACUGGAACCAUCUUGGACAUCAGGGCGGAAGCCGGUUCUCAGAAGAGACCGGGUACAAGGCAUGGAUUGCCGGGGGGCCUUUUUCCUCUGCCUGUGCUUCAUGACUUCUCAGAGUGAGACAAUGGACACAUCCCAAGAACCCCUGCGAUGCAUGAAAAAACUGGAGACCAUAUCCAAAGGCCGCAGACCGGCUUCUCUUCCUGACAACAUCCGGGAACUGGAGAACAGCCUGUUGAACGCCAGCUUCAGGGGCAACAACCUGACCUUGCAGACACGCUCUAUCCAGUCACUGAUCUUCAAGCUGGGCUGCGGCUUUGCAGGCCUCUCACUAAACAGCACCACCAUGGAGCAGUACUCCCAGGCUGGGGUCUCCCACGCCAUGCACUUCCCGGCAGAGCUGACCAAGGACACCUGCAGGGCCCGCCCCAGGGAGCUGCGUCUCAUCUGCAUCUACUUCUCCACAGCCUACUUUUUCCAGAAUGCCAACUCACUUGUGCUCAAUAACUACGUCUUGGGGGCCCAGCUGGGUCAGGCACACGUGAGCAACCUCAACGAGCCUAUCAGCAUCAGCUUCCAGCACAACCAGAGUCUGGAAGGCUACAAGGUGACCUGUGUCUUCUGGAAGGAAGGAGCCAGUAAACGUUACUGGGGGGUCUGGAGCCCUGAGGGCUGUCGCACAGAGCAGCUCUCACCUUCCAGGGUGCUCUGCCGCUGCAAUCACCUCAGCUACUUUGCUGUUCUCAUGCAGCUGUCCCAAGCCCCGGUCCCCAGAGAGCUGCUGGUGCCUCUCAUAUACAUCUCCCUGGUGGGCUGCAGCAUCUCCAUUGUGUCCUCGCUUCUCACUAUCCUGCUGCACUUCCAAGCCAGGAAGCAGGGUGACUCCAUGACACGCGUACACAUGAACCUGCACGCCUCCGUGCUGCUCCUGAAUGUCGCCUUCCUGCUGAGUCCUCUGCCAGCCACGCCCCCUGUGCCUGGGUCAGCGUGCACAGCAGUGGCUGCCAUCCUGCACUUCUCACUGCUCAGCUGCCUCACCUGGACGGCCAUCGAAGGCUUCAAUCUCUACCUGCUCCUUGGGCGCGUCUACAACAUCUACAUCCGCCGAUACUUGCUGAAGCUCUGUGCAGUGGGCUGGGGGGUCCCAGCCCUGCUGGUCCUGCUCCUUGUUGUUGAGAGCUCAGCAUACGGACCCUGCACAAUUCCAGUCUCCGGCAGUCAAGAAAAUGGCACGGGCUUCCAGAACAUGUCCAUGUGCUGGGUGCAGAGCCGCUGGGUGCACAGUAUCUUGGUCAUGGGCUACGGUGGCCUCACGUCUCUUUUCAACCUGGUGGUGCUGGUCUGGGCGCUGCGGGUGCUGCAGUGGCUACGUGCCCGGGACAGGGUGCUGAACCUGCGGGCCUGCCGGGACAGCGUCACCGUGCUGGGCCUCACCGUGCUGCUGGGCUCCACCUGGGCCUUGGCUUUCUUCUCCUUUGACGUCUUCCUGCUGCCCCAGCUUUUCCUCUUCACCACGUUCAACUCGCUGUACGGUUUCUUCCUCUUCCUGUGGUUCUGCUCCCAGAGGCACCACUCAGAGGCAGAGAUGGAGACAGAGAUGGAGGGGUUCAGCUCCUCCCAGACGAUGCUGUAGUCUGGGCCCCCUCGUCCAGAAGCCCUCGCCUCUCUGGCUGCCUGCAGCCCGAGGCUCUGGGCUCCCCCAGAGAAGGUGGCAGGCCAGCUGCUGGACACCAGGGGCCCCUGUGGCCUCCAGGGAGGCUUUUCUACCUCCGUGGCGUCCCCAGGCCCAGAGGGCAGUGCGCUGCUCUGCCUCCCCUGGCUUCCUGGGGAUGGGAAGGCAGAGCCUCUUUCCUCACCUCCUGAGGCAGGUGGCCCGUGGCCAGGUGGCCCUCUGAUAAUUGGGUAGGUUUGAAUUGCCCCUGGUAGGCGUGACCGUAUGGAGUCUAAAACCAAGCUCAGGCUACAAUUGUGGAGAAUGAGCAUUGCCCUUGAUCUCUGUCCGAGCAAGAGGGAGAGGGCUCCUAAAGCCAGCUCCAUUCCUGGCUUGCACACCAGGGGGAGCUGUUGGCCUGUGCACGGAAGCCAUUGGCUCCCGGAAUCCUAUCUGGAAAUAACUGCUGCCUGUCUGGGGACAUGACACACCAGAUGGAGGGGGUCCGGCUUCUGGGACUGCCCCUGCUGAGUGACCAAAGAAAGGAUUCUCGCACUGUUUGCACACCCAUUUCUCUUUUCCCAACGCAGCUGUUCGCUCUGGGUCUUGGGUUCUUGGGCAUCCAUGGCGCUAGAGCAGGUGGGCUGGGGGAGGCACUCAGAGCUCCGCUGCAGGCCAUCAGACAGGUAAUAACGACUUUGGAUGGCAUGGUGAGAGUCCUGGAGCCAGAUUCCUUUUCUCCUGGGGGUGGGGGCGGGGAUCCUCUGCUCUCUGUUUAUUUCUGGAUGCCCAUAGCCCUUGGCCAGCUGGUGAGUGCUGUAGGCUCUGGAACCCGACUGCCUGGGUUCAAAUGGCCUUACCAUUUGCCAGCUAUGUGACUGUGGACAGACCACUUAAGCUCUCUGUGCCUUAGUUUUCCCAUCUGUAGAGUAGGGGCCGUUGUGGUGCUGAUUUUGAAGAUGAAAAAAAGAAUCCAUAUUAAGAGGCUUAGCAAGUAGGAAGUGCUCAAUAAAUCAUUAUUAUUGUUACCAUUA